GUGGCACCCCCUACUGCUUAGCACCCUGACUUGCCAUUGGCCAGAGCCCGGAGUGAAGCAGCCGCGGAUUGGUCAAGAGCGGUGCGGGGGUGGGGGUGGAGCUGCAGCAGCCUGGAGCCAGGAGUGGGCAACGCGGCGUGAGCAGCGGCCCGAGGCUCCCGGAGCAUCGCGCUGGGAGAAGACUUCGCCGCUCGGGGCAGCAGCCUGUGUGAUCUCAUCGCCGCCCUGUCGUGACUUCAUCAAUGUCGUGUUGUGACCUGGCUGCGGCGGGACAGGUGGUGACCGCCAGGAACCCUCCUCCCCUUCUCAUCUCCCCAUCUCAGCAGCCCCGCUUCGAUUAUCCGGCUUUUGGAUUCUCCGUUGUCCUGGGAACUAUCCGGGACCCCCUCUUGCUUCUCCAGCCCCUGCCGGCAUCCACAGGCUGGUAGCGGGACGGGGAGGGCGAGAAGAGGGAGCGCAAGGGGUUAAUUCUGCUGCUGCCGCCGCUGCUGCUGCUGCUGCUGCAGCCUCUACCCGAGGGAGGGAAAGGAGAGGAGGCAAGGAGCCUGCGGGGGCGACUGAGAGCCCUGGCUGGAGGGGUGGGGUCCCCAAAGGGGCCUCCAAGCCUUCCCUGUUGAGCAUCUUGUAUUCUCACUUCUGAAGCGUAUCUCUGCCUCUGAAGAAGGGAGGGGAAAGGAAGCCUGGGGUGUCCUUUUCUCCCAUGUCAGCCUGAGUCCGGAUAAUCGAACUUCACCCAUUUGGGCAAGGCGAGCAUCAUGGCCUCGGAUUGCGAGCCAGCUCUGAACCAGGCAGAGGGCCGAAACCCCACCCUGGAGCGCUACCUGGGAGCCCUCCGUGAGGCCAAGAAUGACAGCGAGCAGUUUGCAGCCCUGCUGCUAGUGACCAAGGCAGUCAAAGCAGGUGACAUAGAUGCCAAAACUCGGCGGCGGAUCUUCGAUGCUGUCGGCUUCACCUUCCCCAAUCGUCUCCUGACCACCAAGGAGGCGCCGGAUGGCUGCCCUGACCAUGUUCUGCGGGCUUUGGGUGUGGCCCUGCUGGCCUGCUUCUGCAGUGACCCUGAACUGGCCGCCCAUCCCCAAGUCCUGAACAAGAUUCCCAUUCUUAGCACCUUCCUCACAGCCCGGGGGGACCCGGACGAUGCUGCCCGCCGCUCCAUGAUUGAUGACACCUACCAGUGCCUGACGGCUGUAGCAGGCACACCCAGAGGGCCUCGGCACCUCAUUGCUGGUGGCACCGUGUCUGCCCUAUGCCAGGCAUACCUGGGGCACGGCUAUGGCUUUGACCAGGCCCUGGCACUCCUGGUGGGGCUGCUGGCUGCUGCCGAGACACAGUGCUGGAAGGAGGCGGAGCCCGACCUGCUGGCCGUGUUGCGGGGCCUCAGUGAGGAUUUCCAGAAAGCUGAGGAUGCCAGCAAGUUUGAGCUCUGCCAGCUGCUGCCCCUCUUUUUGCCCCCGACAACCGUGCCCCCUGAAUGCUACCGGGAUCUGCAGGCCGGGCUGGCACGCAUCCUGGGAAGCAAGCUGAGCUCCUGGCAGCGCAACCCUGCACUGAAGCUGGCAGCCCGCCUGGCACACGCCUGCGGCUCCGACUGGAUCCCGGCGGGCAGCUCCGGGAGCAAGUUCCUGGCCCUGCUGGUGAAUCUGGCGUGCGUGGAAGUGCGGCUGGCACUGGAGGAGACGGGCACGGAGGUGAAAGAGGAUGUGGUGACCGCCUGCUAUGCCCUCAUGGAGUUGGGGAUCCAGGAAUGCACUCGCUGUGAGCAGUCACUGCUUAAGGAGCCACAGAAGGUGCAGCUCGUGAGCGUCAUGAAGGAGGCCAUAGGGGCUGUUAUCCACUACCUGCUGCAGGUGGGGUCAGAGAAGCAGAAGGAGCCCUUUGUGUUUGCCUCGGUGCGGAUCCUGGGUGCCUGGCUGGCCGAGGAGACCUCAUCCUUGCGUAAGGAGGUGUGCCAGCUGCUGCCCUUCCUCGUCCGCUAUGCCAAGACCCUCUACGAGGAGGCCGAGGAGGCCAAUGACCUUUCCCAGCAGGUGGCCAACCUGGCCAUCUCCCCCACCACCCCAGGGCCCACCUGGCCAGGAGACGCUCUCCGGCUCCUCCUGCCUGGCUGGUGCCACCUGACCGUUGAAGAUGGGCCCCGGGAGAUCCUGAUCAAGGAAGGGGCCCCCUCGCUUCUGUGCAAGUAUUUCCUGCAGCAGUGGGAACUCACAUCCCCUGGCCACGACACCUCGGUGCUGCCUGACAGCGUGGAGAUUGGCCUGCAGACCUGCUGCCACAUCUUCCUCAACCUCGUGGUCACCGCACCGGGGCUGAUCAAGCGUGACGCCUGCUUCACAUCUCUUAUGAACACCCUUAUGACGUCGCUACCAGCACUAGUGCAGCAACAGGGAAGGCUGCUUCUGGCUGCUAAUGUGGCCACCCUGGGGCUCCUCAUGGCCCGGCUCCUUAGCACCUCUCCAGCUCUUCAGGGAACACCAGCAUCCCGAGGGUUCUUCGCAGCUGCCAUCCUCUUCCUAUCGCAGUCCCACGUGGCGCGGGCCACCCCAGGCUCAGACCAGGCAGUGCUAGCCCUGUCCCCUGAGUAUGAGGGCAUCUGGGCCGACCUGCAGGAGCUCUGGUUCCUGGGCAUGCAGGCCUUCACCGGCUGUGUGCCUCUGCUGCCCUGGCUGGCCCCCGCUGCCCUGCGCUCCCGCUGGCCGCAGGAGCUGCUCCAGCUGCUAGGCAGUGUCAGCCCCAACUCUGUCAAGCCCGAGAUGGUGGCCGCCUAUCAGGGUGUCCUGGUGGAGUUGGCGCGGGCCAACCGGCUGUGCCGGGAGGCCAUGAGGCUGCAGGCGGGUGAGGAGACGGCCAGCCACUACCGCAUGGCUGCCUUGGAGCAGUGCCUGUCAGAGCCCUGAGGGGUGUCCACCGGGGACAGACCCAGGGGCGGGCAGAGAGGGAAGGAGGGAGGAGGCAUCUUCCCUAAAGCCCCCAAACUGGCCCCCCCCUCCCCAGACUUCCUCCCCAAAACACCCCAGCUUUCUGGCUUUUCUGAGGGCAAGGGCAUGGUGCCCACCCCUCAAGUGUAAGGAACUGCGUUCCGCCCCUCAGGCCCCCAUGGGGGCAGGGAUCGGCUUGGAAAUCAACGUGGUUGUCCCCGCCAGGCCAGGGAAGGUUGGAGCAGCCCCCAGGGAGGGGGGCACUAGGUGUCAUUGUGCCCGAUGUCUGGCUCCCCUGCAGGAGGGAGGCUCCAGGGUAAGACAGGGCUGGCAGGAGCAGACUGCCUCAGCCCAUGUGCCCUGCCGGCCAGGGUGUGGGCUCCCCUCGGCUGUGGUGCCUCCUCUGGCCCCCCAGGUCCACGUCCUUUAAAUUGGCCCUUUGGCUCUUGCCCUUGGCUCCCUUGGGCAGACAGCAGGCUUAGGCCAUUGAUAUCGCAGUUCUUCCUAUCAGCUUCAGUGACCCAGGGUCUGAACUGCCCCCAUCCUAGGGCAACCUGGGGCAGACAGGCCUGGUGGGGGGUGGGGAAACCUCCUUCCACCUGAGCUUGCUUGAAGGGACCCAGGAGUCUCUGGGCCCAGAUCCUUAAACCUUUGUGUCGUGUUGCAGCAGAGUGACGAUGGGGGUUGGGGGGGUUAUUUAUUUUGCCUGUCCUUAUCCCUGCUUGGACACCUGAGCAUCUGAUUCCUGUCCCCCUGGUGCCAUCUGGCCUGGCUGGAGCCAGGAACAGGAGGGACACUUCCCCAGAAUCCGCAUGUUUCCCCAGUGAUUGCACUCCACUGCCACCGUGGUGCCUGGCUUUAACUCCCACCCCUGCUAUGACUCCUCUCUGCAGAGACGCGACUGGCGGCUCCAGCAGGGACUACCUUUCUUGUAAACCCAGGGGGACCACACACACACACAUACACACACACACACACACACACACACACACACAUACUCUUGAUCCCUUGCUUCCCUCCCCCAGUGCGUUCUGUGAUCGCCAAGUUCAAAGCUGUGCACAUGUGGACACUCAAUAAAUGUUCAUUGGUGA